AUGCUGCUGCUGCUGCUGUUCCCCAUGGCCUUUUUCUUGCCCCCUGGGGCUCAGGCUGGGGAGAUCAUUGGGGGACAGGAAGCCCGGCCUCACUCCAGACCCUACAUGGCCUUUGUGAAAAUAGAGAGAGAAGGAAAAGGAGGAAGCAUGUGUGGAGGGUUCCUGAUCCAGGACGACGUGGUGGUGACAGCAGCUCAUUGUAACUGCAACCUGGGUAACAUCUCUGUGUUGCUGGGGGCCCACAACUUUGCAAUAGAUGAACUGGGGAGGCAGAAGAUUUGGGUACGUCGCCGAAUCCCCCACCCUGAAUUCAAUGACGAGACAUUUGAAAAUGACAUCAUGCUGCUGCAGCUGAGGAAUAAGGCCAAGAUGACCCAGACUGUGGGCACCAUCUCCCUGUCCCAGGAGACGGUGAAGAAGGGGACAGUGUGCAGCGUGGCUGGCUGGGGCCAGACCAGUAUGAAAACAAAUGCCCAGCCCUCCCCAACCCUGCAAGAGGUGGAACUGAUGGUCAUGGGGAAAUGUAUGUGUCUGUCUCGGCCCUAUCUGCACUAUGUCCCGUCCAGAAUGCUGUGCGUGGGGGACCCCCAGGAGAGGAAGGCACCAUUCCUGGGUGACUCCGGGGGCCCCCUUGUCUGUGAUGGGAAGGCUACUGGCAUUGUCUCCCAUGGCACUGGUGACGGGUCAACUCCCAGUGUGUUUACCAAGCUCUCCAAAUACGUAUGCUGGAUCAAGAAAACUCUGCGCAAGCUGAAGCCUUAG